UUGUCCUUCGAAAGCGCUGUAUCGAACUUGACUUCCUUUCCUUUUAAUCGGCGUCACAAAGUAUCCAAACAAACCUGACCUCGCGCCAGAGAGCCCGCAAGCGCAUGCGCAGUGUUCUCCAGGGAUGAAGGCGCUCGCUUGGCCCGGGCUCUGGCUUGCUGUCUGCGGGAGUCCCACUAUAGCGAAGGCUCGGGAAGCGCCCAGGCGCCGCGCAACUUACACCGCGGCUCCCGCCUACUCACCGACUCACAGCCGUCAGCUAAUCAGACAGCAGCGCGACGCGAGGCGACGCGAGGCGAGGCGACGCGUGUAAUAUUCAUGAGGCGAGGCAAGCCUUUGCAGUAGUAGCGCAGUUCCAGCGCCGCGUUUCUCCAGCGCGUCUGACCGCAGAGGAGAGCUUCUGUCGCGGCGCUUGAAUGAGGUUGAUGCUGCUCUGCUGCUCCUGGAAGGACGAACGCAUGGGAGAGGAGGAAGCCGGCGGCAGGUUGCCGGAGUGUGCGGGCUGCAGACAGCACAUCUGUGAUGAGCAGUACCUACAGGCCCUGGACACGGACUGGCACACGCUGUGCUUCAGGUGCUGUGAGUGUGGCGCGUCUCUCUCACACUGGUACUAUGAGAAGGACGGCCGUCUCUUCUGUAAGAAGGACUACUGGGCUAAAUUUGGAGAGCUGUGUCAUGGCUGUUCAGAGCCCAUCACCACCGGACUCAUCAUGGUCGCCGGAGAGCAGAAGUAUCACCCAGAAUGCUUCACCUGUCUGAGCUGCCGAGCGUUCAUCGGUGAUGGAGACACGUAUGCUCUGGUGGAGCGAUCCAAACUCUACUGUGGACACUGUUAUUACCAGACGAUCGUGACUCCGGUCAUUCUGCCCGACUCGCCGUGCUCCAGGAUUCCUCACACGGUCACACUAGUGUCCAUUCCCGCCUCCACCGAUGGGAAACGAGGCUUGUCCGUGUCCAUCGAUCAGGGCUCCAGUCCCAAUGGCUUCAGCCCCGAACACACACACACCGUCAGAGUCUCCGAGGUGGACCCAGAGUGCAUCAGUCCAGACGUCAAGAACUCUAUACAUGUUGGCGACCGGAUCCUGGAGAUCAAUGGAACCCCAAUCCAGAACGUUCCUCUGGACGAGAUUGAUCUGCUGAUCCAGGAGACCAGUCGUCUGCUACAGCUGACCAUUGAACACGACCCUCAUGACCACGGCCCCUCGGAGGACCAGGUGGACAGGCCGACACCCCCGUCUGAGGGGCCCAGUCCCAUCACGCCCAUCACACGGCCCCCCAGCCAGGACAUUAACACCUUGCGCUCGCGGAUCAUCACGCGCAGCUACAGUAUUGAUAAAUCUCCAUGCUCCAGUAACACUCCAUCUCCACUGUCUCUGAGGAAAGACAUCGGCCGCUCCGAGUCGCUGCGCGUCGUGUCCAACAGCACACACCGAAUAUUCAGAGCCUCCGACCUGAUCCACGGAGAGGUUCUGGGUACAGGCUGCUUCGGACAGGCCAUAAAGGUGACUCACAGAGAGACGGGAGAGGUGAUGGUGAUGAAGGAACUCAUUCGAUUCGACGAGGAAACACAGAGGACCUUCCUCAAAGAGGUGAAGGUCAUGAGAUGUUUGGAUCAUCCUAACGUGCUGAAGUUCAUCGGCGUCCUCUACAAAGACAAGCGGCUCAACUUCAUCGCUGAGUACAUUAAAGGAGGAACGCUGAGAGACAUCAUCAAGAAUAUGGACAGCAGUUAUCCAUGGAAACAGAGAGUGAGUUUUGCCAAGGACAUUUCCUCUGGGAUGACGUACCUGCACUCCAUGAACAUCAUCCACCGAGACCUCAACUCACACAACUGCCUGGUCAGAGAGAAUAACAGUGUUGUUGUGGCGGAUUUCGGACUGUCCCGACUCAUGGUGGAGGACAAGAAUCAGGACAAGCUGUCCUCAGGACCGAUCCCGGGCGUGAGGAAACCCGACAGGAGGAAGAGAUACACCGUGGUGGGAAACCCGUACUGGAUGGCUCCCGAAAUGAUACACGGGAAGAGCUAUGAUGAGAAGGUGGACAUCUUCUCGUUUGGCAUCAUGCUGUGUGAGAUCAUCGGCCGAGUCAAUGCCGAUCCCGACUUCUUGCCCCGUGCCAUGGAUUUUGGGCUGAACGUGAAAGAGUUUUUGGAGGAUCACUGCCCGCCUGACUGCCCGACCGCUUUCUUCCCCAUGGCGGCGCUCUGCUGCGAUCUGGACGCUGAGAAACGGCCUGCGUUUGUGAAGCUGGAGUCGUGGCUGGAGAACCUGAAGAUGCACCUGGAGAUGGGCCUUCAUCUGGUGUCCGAGCUGGAGCUCAUUCAUCAGGACUUCUGCCGGAAACACUCCAGCAGCAAGAACGGCCUCCACACGCACCCAGAGUAACAGCACGGGCGCUCAGUGCAUGUCUGCUGUGGCUUACGGUGCGAUGAUGAAGCUCGAUGAGAUGUGAACGCAGCAGAACACACGAGACUCGCGCGUCAGCAGUGUUUUCGUUCGGUACAUCGCGCUAAUAGUCCUCGUGCCAGGCAUUUCCCGCAGUGUAAACAGAGUUAUAUUGUAAAUGUGCAGACAUGGUUUUGUAUAGUGAUCGCGCAUUGGCGUACUUUCAUCUGGAUGUUUGCUGAAAUGCAAGUCCUCAUGAGAAGAUCAGGACAAUAAUGAACUGUCCGACACGUGAAACGUCAUACAGGUCAACUCUAAGCUUCAUGGGUCAAAUUAAGGGACUGACUCUCCUCUGACCCCCAAAUCAAAAAUACAUGUAUAUAUGUGUUUUGCAUAAAACAAUGAAGCCUU